AAUGAUUUAAAAGACAGUGAGAAGGAUGCUAUAAAAAAGGGAAACAAUUUCUACUUGUGUGAUUAUGAAAUUCAAGAGAGGCACUGAACCUCUGUGCUACUCAUGGGCACGAAAACAGCAACAUCAUCUGUAUGGGCAGUACCGAAGACCACGCCCAGUGAUGACCCAGAUUCCUGCCAUCCCAACCCUUCCCCAAAUACCAAACCUGGGGGAGAUGGGAACAGUGGGUGAAGGCGGACCCCAGGAAGGGCUGGUCAUGCCCCUCUCUGUCACAGACAGGGUAACACAGGUCCAGAACAACAUGUACGAGAACUACCUGCAGAAGUCUACCCAGAAGCUACAGGACGAGAUUCAUCACACCAUGAAGAUGUACUCUGUGGAGAAACAGCAGCUUCUGAAGCAGUUGGCCAGUCUCAGGCACAACAUGUCCGAGCUCAAAAUCUCAGAUGCAGGAGUCAGUCAAAGGUUUUCAGACACCGAGAAAAGUCCAAGGCAUUGUGUUAAUGGUGCAAUACCCAAGCACAUUGGGCAUGAGCAGCAUCGACUACCUCCUAUUAUAAAAAAUGGGCUUAUAGGUCCUUUGUAUCCCAAAUGUGACAAGAGCAUAUCAGAAGAAGAGCAAAACAGAGAUGAAAUGGUUAAUCAGGGACUUCAAAAAAGUGACACUGAACUUACAUUCUUAUCUGAUGAAUCCAGUGGGGAGACCAAACUCAAUGACAAUAGUGAUGUUGAAGGCGAAUUCAAACUGUUUCCAGAAAGAAAGAUUCCAAAGAGAACAAAAACAUCAAAGGAUAUUCCAGUUUUUAAACUGCCUCAAAUUAAGGAGGAAGCUCCAAAACCCUUGUGGUACUCUGGCAAUAACUCUCAGACUGUCAAGCAAAGGGCUCUCUCCCCUCUGACAGCAUUGCCUCAAAUCAAUGAAAUGAGACUGAUCUCAGAGAACAACUUUGACAUACCAACAGUGAAUGACCCAUCAAGAUGUGAAAUUUCAAUCCCCACAAAAUCAGUCACCAAAAAGGUACAUUUUGCUGGCAGUAACAGUGUUAGGAGCUCUGAUAACCUUGACCGUGCUAAUGGUCACCUUCCUCAACUUUCAAAGAAAAAGUUCCAAAUGCAUAAACCUUCAAGGAAGACAAAAAGGCUUUCCCAACAAAUGCCAAAUGGUAAGGAGAGUAGUUUCUCUCAAUCUGAAUCCUCAGAAGCUCCUCUUCAUGCUUCCAAGGGUACAGAGGAGUGGAAGUCUCUGUACGUUAACAUCCACGACCCUGAAGAAAGGACAAAGACUCUCAGUGACAUACUGUAUGCUGUGAGGGUCCGGAUGAGGGAGAAUGAGCAGAACCUGAUGUAUGGACACAAGCCAGCGGAAGACAAAACAGACAACACCCUCUGUGACUAUUUGCUAGUUCACAAGGAUGACCAGGAUGGAAUGCGCAAAACAAGGAAAAUCUUGCACCAUCACAAACGAGGCCAUGUCCCAAGCCACACAGCCGGCGACUUCAUCGUCGGUCCAAUGCAGUACAGCUCCAGAACUACCUAAAGAAGUUGUCUCGACAACGGCGCAUGAUUGAACACAUGGAGGGAGAGGAGUACAGACUCACACACAUAGUGGGUCACAGACAGCUGCAGGAAGCAGCUCACAAGUCUGUCCAGUGACAAGUACAUUCUGUAGA